AUGCUGGUUCGCGCGCUAGUGAUGGACCUGUUGAUGGUAUUGGUGUGGGGGGUGGGUGCGGCCCCCGGGCCCCCCGGGCGAGCGGGCCCCGCGGGCGGCGCGGUGCGCGGGCGGCCGGCCCCCCGGCCCCCACACCACGCGUACCUGGGCAUCCCCUACGCCCGCCACUCCAGGAAUGACAGGUUUAAGGCUCCAAAGCCUGCCCGUAGUUGGGACGGCACCUUCGAGGCGGCGUACCAGAUCAAGUGCCCGCAGCCAGACGGCUCGGGCACCGAGGACUGCCUGGUCGUCAACGUGUUCAGCCCUGAAGACGCUGAUGGUCGACCAGUUCUGGUGGUCGUGCACGGAGGCAACUUCCAGAGAGGCUGGGGCGCGCACCGCCCGCCCGCGCGCCUUCUCGCCCGCGGCUUCGUCGUCGUCACCUUCAACUACCGCCUAGGGAGCCUCGGCUUUCUCUGUCUUGGAAUCCCAGAAGCCCCAGGAAACGCUGGCUUGAAGGACCAAGUCGCCGCUUUAUACUGGAUCCACAAAAACAUAGCUCAUUUCGGAGGAGACCCUCUCGACGUUACGUUGUACGGCAUAGAAUCUGGCGCAGCAGCAGUACAAUUAGUCAUGUUGUCCGAAGCUGCUACAGGACUCUUCCAUAAAGUCAUCCUCGAAUCUGGUUCUGCAUUGUCGCCCCUUGCACUGGCCUAUGACCCAAAGUUAACAGCUUUCGAUGCCGCAAUUGCAGUGGGUUACACAGGCACAGAUAGCGUCGAAGAAUUAGCAAAAUUUUACAAAGAUUUGCCGUUGGAACGACUAGUAAAUACAUCGACGAUGUUCCUACCCUGUUUAGAAAACAAUCUAGCCACCACACAUAGUUUGCUAGACACAGAUCCUUUAGAAAUAUACAAGCAAGGAAACUACCAAAAGGUUCCGAUGAUCAUUGCCUACGCUACCUCGGUAGGCGCAUCGGCAAUCGAGACAGAAAUUGCGAAUUCGAAUCUAUCUGAGAAUUUUGCUGAUUUGCUGCCAAAUAAUUUAGCAUUUGAUGACAGCAAAAUGAAACAUAGGGUAGCUGAAGUGGUAAAAGAAUUCUAUUUGGGAAAUAAUGUUUUAGAUGGUGAUUUGACAAUGCCGGGUCUUCAGCGCGUGUAUUGCCCUACCAAAAACAUAUAA